AUGACUAUCUACUGGCCUUUGGACAAGAUCUUUUCACUUCUUGUCAUUGUUUUAACGAUUUUAUUUGUUGCUUGCGACGAUACUAAAUUCAUGACAGGCGUUGUGUUCAAUCUCGAGAAAGCUUUUUCGACGCACAAUGUGGGGUUGGAUGCAUUAAAAUCUCGAGACCAUAAACGUGGAAUUCUAAUAGGAAUGAGUACUGCCCCAGUGAAUUUCUCAGUGUCUGGAGCCUACGAUCUUAGUUUGGCAGGACUAUAUUAUACGAAGAUAAAGUUGGGAACUCCUCCAAAAGAGUUCAACGUUAUCAUCGACACUGGGAGUGACGAUCUAUGGAUUACAUGUAAACCUUGUGUUGGAUGCCCUCAUUCUUCUCGAUUAGGUGUUGAACUUCACCAAUUUGAUCCCACCAAUUCAAAAUCUGCUUCGUUGCUAAAUUGUUCCAACAAUAUAUGUCCAAAUCUUGGUGUUUGUCAGAAUAAUACAAGUCCCUGUCAACUUGUGGAGAGUUAUGGAGACGGAAGUGUCGCUACAGGUUACUAUUUAACAGAUAUUAUCCACCUCGACACGAUCUUAGGACCUUCUACCACAGAAAACCAAAAUGUGAUUUUCGGGUGUGGCACAUAUGUAGAGGGGCGAAUAGCUAAUGAAUAUCGAGCCCUUGAUGGAAUUUUUGGGUUGGGUCACAAAUAUCCAUCUGUAAUAGCACAAUUAUCGUACAAACAAAUUAUUCCAAAAAUUUUCUCUCAUUGUUUGAAAGAAGAUGGCGGCGGUAUUUUAGUCCUUGGUGAAAUUUUUGAACCGGGUAUGGUCUAUACCCCUCUCGUGACAACCAAGAAUUACUACAAUUUAUAUUUGGAUAGUAUCACUGUAAAUGGUCAGUUGUUACCAGUUAACCCACAAGCUUACAACACAUCAGGUACUCGCGAAAUUAUUGUUGAUUCGGGAACCACCUUAUUGUAUCUGGUGUCAGACUUAUACGAUGCUCUUAUAAGUGCGGUAAACAUUGCAGUUUCACCGUAUUGUAUGCUUGUUGUUUUAAAUGGAAACCAAUGCUACCAGUUGUCCAACAGUGAAAUCACCAUUUUCCCUUCAAUUGCAUUUUAUUUUGACGGUGGAGCAUCGAUGGUAUUGACCCCUAAAGACUAUCUCUUAAAUGGUAACGUUAAGAGGCCCGGGAAACAAAGAGAAGAUGUGUACGAACGAGAUAUCCAGCAACAAGAAGAAGGAAAAGGAUUGAAUAGAGGAACUCCCAAACAUUUGGCGAUCUCAGAUGUGUCCAUGGUGACUCAUUUUUUCGAUGAAUCAUUUCUUCGGACAAAAGAAGAUUAUGGAAACACUUACUCGAAAUCUCACUUAUCUGAUUCCAUUGUGUCUUCCACAAUUUUUUCUGAAGAAAUCGCCAUGAUAUCAUAA